AUGGCAGUUUUUGAUUCUCCCCAGGAAGCAUUUGGCAUUUUACGCCCAGUUUGUGUUCAGCUCACAAAGACACAGACCAUAGAGAAUGUGGAACACCUUCAGACAAAACUGCACAUUGUAGGUGAUUCUGCUCUUCAAGACCUUCAAGAAUAUGUCCUCUUUCCCUUAAGAUUCACCCUCAAGACUCCAGGUGCCAAAAGAGAGAGCCUGGUCCAGAGUGUAGUGGAAUGCAUUACAUUUGUCCUUUCUACAACAUGUAUAAAGAAACAGGACCUCCUUCAAGAACUUUUUUCAGAGCUAUGCCUUUGCCUGUCUUCUCCCAAUUCCCAACAACCAGCACCUGUAUCAGAAGAAUUAAAAUUGGCUGUAGUCCAAGGACUCCAUACCUUAAUGCAUUCAGCCUAUGGAGACAUAAUCCUCAGCUUGUAUCAACCUCGCACUCUUCCCCACUUAGGAUUUGCUAUAUCUUUACUACUAACUCUAGCAGAACAGGAGAAAUCAAAGCAAAUUAAAACUUCUGCCUUAAAGUGUUUACAAGUUCUUCUCUUACAGUGUGACUGCCAGGACCAUCCCAAGUUGUUAGAUGACACUGAGAGAGAACAACUUGGAGAUUUGUUUGCUUCUUUUUUGCCUGGGAUCUCAAUUACAUUGACCAGGAUUAUCACUGGAGACUUUAAACAAGGCCAUGUGAUCAUAAUAUCUGCCUUAAAGGUCUUUUACAAGAUAAUUGGCUUCGUUAUGGCUGAUGAACAGUUAGCAAAAAUUCCAAAAGACAAAGAAAAACCUUCAGUUGAAUGCAGGGUAGCAGAACUUAUGGUCCAUAGAGAAGCAAAUUGGGUUAAAAAUACUGGUGAUAAGUUGGCUACCCUUAUUGAAAAAAUAGUUGAAUUUGUUUCAGUUCACCCACACUGGAAGGCAAGGAUGGAACUGAUAGAACUUGUCCAGGAUCUUCUAUUGAAGUGUAGACAAUCUCUGUUGAAUUCUGUUGGCCACCUUUUAAAGGCUCUGGUGGGUUUAGUAAAUGAUGAGAAUCCUGAUGUCCAAAGCAGAUGCAAUAAAGUUCUGAAGACUUUUGCAGAUCAAAGGAUAGUUGUUGAGAGCAGGGCACUUGCUGACAUCCUGUCAGAAAAUCUACAUUCUCUUGCUACAGCCCUUCCCCGCCUUAUGAGUUCACAGGAUGAUCAAGGCAAAUAUUCUACUCUCCUCUUGUUACUUGGUUAUCUCAAACUUUUAGGCCCCAAAGUGAACUUUGUUCUCAACUCUGCGGCCCACCUUCAUCGCCUAUCCAAAGCACUCAUACAAGUUCUAGAACUCGAUGUGGCAGAUGUGAAAAUUGUUGAAGAGCGCCGGUGGGGCCCUGAUGGAUUGGCUGAAUCCUCAAGUUCAUUGUCAGAGCCACCUUUAUACAAAAGCAAAAGCCAGAGGAAAUACUUUCGCUUCUUCACAGAUGAGCGAAUUUUCCUGCUUUUGAGGCAGAUAUGUCAGACACUUGGCUUUUAUGGGGAUCUCUAUCUGCUUGUGGAUCACUUCACUGAGCUGUACAAUGAAUCAAUCAUUUACAGAAAGCAAGCUGCCAUGAUCCUUAAUGAGCUGAUUGUAGGGGCUGCAGGGAUCGAGGUGGAGGUUCUCCAUGAAGAUAAGAGCAUGGCAGACUCAGAAGAACUGAAGCAGAUCAUCACAUCCAUCCUUGAGGAAUACAUAAGCCAGAAAAACUGGUAUUUGGUCACCUCUAAGGAAGCUGAGGGAACAAUGAAGCAUUCAGACCUUCAGGCCAUCACAUCAGGUGUUCACACCUGUCAUAUUGCACCACUUCCAUCAUCUUCAGAGCUUAGUCCCACUGUUUGUUCUAUGAAUAGCAACAUCUGGCAAAUAUGUAUCCAGCUAGAAGGGAUUGGCUGCUUCGCACAUGCACUAGGAAGAGAAUUCCGUUUGCUUUUAAUGUCAGCUCUCUACCCCGUGCUUGAAAAAGCUGGAGACAAAACUCUACUUAUUAGUCAAGUGGCUACCAGCACCAUGAUUGAUAUUUGUCAUGCCUGUGCCUAUGAUUCUCCCCGGGACCUGAUCAAUCAUAAUGCUGACUAUUUAGUGAAUGAGAUUUCCUUAAAUCUACAUCAAAUGGCACUGUCCCCGCAUACCCCAACAGUCUUGGAAAUUAUGUUCCAGAACUCAGAUGCUAGCUUGCUUCCUUUGGUAGAAGAUGUGAUUCAAGAUGUACUGUUCAGCCUGGAUCAGUUUCAUGAUGAGAGAGCUGCUUCAUUCUUCAGUGUCCUACACACAGUGUUGGCAGCCUUAGCCCGGUGGUUCCCAAAGGCCAAGGAUGACAAACAGCUCCAGAAACAGAAUUUCAGGAAGGAGAAAUAUGAUUUACACCAAGGCUCAGCGACUCUUGGGAAUGGAUUUGCAUUUACUACCCCUGCUGAAGAAAUAGAACAGUUUUUGUUGAACUACCUCAAAAAUAAGGAUAUUGCAGAUGGAAAUGUCUCCAGUUCUGAUAAUGAAGAGGAGCAACCACCCCCUUCAGAGGCAGAAAUGAAUGAUGUCUGUCCAGAUGUGGAAGCCUCACUGCCAGUGCAGACCCAGAUAGCUAAGGAUGUGAUGGAGAGGUGCAUUCAUUUGCUGUCUGAUAAAGAUCUAAAGACACGCCUGAAGGUUCUGGAUGUGUUGGAACUAUGUGUGACAGUUCUGCAAUCCCAUGAGAACCAGCUACUUCCCAUGGUACAUCGAGUCUGGCUACCACUCGUGCACCGACUUACUAAUGAUGACCCCCUGGCUGUUCUCAGAGCCUUUAAGGUGUUAUGCACCCUAGGAAACAAAUGCGGUGAUUUCCUUCGGAAUCGGUUUUCCAAAGACAUCCUGCCAAAGCUAUCUGACUCCUUGGUCACCCAGGCUCCCGUCAGUGCCAGGGCUGGACCUGUCUACUCCCAUACAAUUGCCUUCAAAUUGCAACUGGCUGUGCUGCAAGGUCUGGGGUCACUUUGCAAGGAACUGGACCUGGGUGGGGGUGACCUGAAUAAAGUGGCAGAUGCCUGCUUGAUUUACCUGAGCGCUAAACAGCCCGUGAAAUUACAAGAGGCUGCCAGGAGCGUGUUCCUCCACCUGAUGAAGGUAGAUCCAGACACGACGUGGUUCAUUCUGAAUGAACUUCACUGCCCUCUUCCAUAUGAGCCCCCACACCCCAGCCUCCACCCAGUGAGCCUGAGUGGGAUGGCCAAGCCUCGGACAGAAUACACUGACAACGUGCUCCUCCUCCUAGCUGAGCUGCAGGGCUGAGGGGCUCUCCCCGAGAGGCCAAGCUUCCCUGCUUCCCGGAAUGAUGACACAUCUAUGCCAGCUGCUGACUGGCCACCCCCGGGGGCAUGAGAGAUACAUGUUCUCCUGAAGCUGGUAGUUGUUGGAGCUAUCUCUUCUGCCCCUGAACCGUUGAGCCCUGAGUCUGGCAGCCCAGAGAGCAGCCUUCAGAGAGAAGAACAUGAAGGGGGAUGAGACAGCCCAUCGAUUUAUAAAUUGAUCGAUCACACAACUGCUUAGAAAUUGGAUUGAAGCAAAAUAGCUGACUGUUAUUUAUAUUUUACACCUUGUGUUUUCAAAUGACAUUGUCAAGCAACUCUAACAAUUUAACUCCUUGAUAUACUUUAGUCAUUGGACAGAGCUAUGUUCCAGGGGCGCAUUGCUGGCCUGACUCCCCCACUUCAGCUGCUGUUUUCUGGGUUUUGUUGUUGUCGUUUUUUAUUGUUUGUUUUUUUAAACAUCUGGCAAAGACAAAAUGACCUUUCUUCCUCCUGCAUUUUUGUGUUCUUGAAUGCCUUGUUCAAAUAUUGAAUCCAUGAAAAUGCAGAGUCUGCGGACUUUCCAUUCCAUAUAUGUGAAAGCAUUAUCUCCUCUUCUUCCCACCUAAAUAAUGACAUUGUAUCUGUUUGUUUCGUUUUUUUAGCACUUUGGAUACACAAUAAAGAUGUUA